AUGACCGACGUCGCUGCAGAAAAUGAAGCAGCUAAGCUUUCUGUUCUCGUGAGCAAACCAACCCCAUACACCUUUGAUCUCGGCCUACUCCUUGCCAGCGACCCAAAUCCAAUCAACUCUACAAUCGCCAGUCGCGAAGACGGUUUAAAAGCCAUAGCCCGCGACGGUGCACAAGCCCUGAUCAAUCAACUUCUACAGACAUGCCCUAUCUCAAACACGCCUAACGGUGUAUUGAUGACACUACCACAACCAGAAACAAAGUUACCAAGGGAAAAGCCCCUACCGCCUCCCAAAGUACUCACAACUUGGCAAAAAUUCGCCGCUAAAAAAGGAAUUGCACCCAAAACAGCUGAACAACGGAAAAAAUUGGUGUAUGAUGACGCGAAAGGUGACUGGGUACCCAAAUGGGGAUACAAAGGCCAAAAUAAAGAGGGCGAAGGUGACUGGAUAGUGGAGGUCGAUGAUCGAAAAGAGCGAGACAGAGAAGAAGGUACUGAACGUCAGGGAGAUGGUAAGAGAGAGCGAAAGGAGAAAAUACGGAGAAAUGAGAGGAUGCAGCGCGCGAAUGAACGAAAAUCGCGAAAAAUAAAUGGCGGGGCGAAAUAA